AUGGCAGAGAAGAAGUUUGUGCGUUCCAAAUUUCGUGUAGAUAUAGAGUACAGAAAGUUUUUUACAAUUGUUAUUGAUCAAGAUUCAUUCCAGAUCAUUGCUACUGCUGUAUUCUGUUUCCUCAUUGCGCACAUUACUGACAAGAGAAAUGCUUACCCUCACUGGCUUCAACCUCUCCUUAUUGGCCUUUCAUUCUUCGCCGUUGGAACCGCUUUCGCCUACAAUUGUGGCUAUCCCUGCAACCCAGCCAGAGACUUUGGACCACGACUUUUCAGCUGGAUCGUCGGCUAUGGAGGAGAUGUGUUCUCGUAA